AUGAGAAUAAGGAACAGCACCUUGGCACUACUGUUAGUAGUGUCUUUUCUAGGCUCUGUCACUUUUGCCACAGAGUCGAAUUGGGGCAAUGAAUGGGCUCCUAUGAAUAGUGAUUCCAUGUUAAGUAGACGCUCUGCAGAAAACACACCAAGCGAGUCACAAGGACGCAACUAUGCCGUAUAUGAACAACAGAAAAUCAGCUCAAACGACACCCAAAUUGAUACCAUAAUCGAUCAAUUGAUUAACUCUCGUCGAGAAGGUCGCCAAUUGGGUGAAUACGAUGCCGUUUAUGCCGAUGGUAACAUUGAUCAAGCUCUGCAGCAGGGAAAUGAUAUGCAGGCGCGCAACUUGAUUCGUGACAAACUUUGCGGCCUAGGCCUGAUGAGCUGCGACGAUAUAGAAGAGAAACGCCCGUUCUACUCGACUAUCUAUGCCCAGGGUCCACCACCACCGUCUGGUAGUUUUGGAGGACCAUAUGGACCACCUAAGCCUAUGCCACCCCCGAGCUAUUUUAAUGGACGUCCACCAAUGGGACCAAACUCAUUGAAUUCCUUUGGACCGCCACGCAAGGUAGGCUACGAAGGCCCUUACAAACCCAUAAUGUCAGGACCUUAUAGACCAAGCGGACCCGGCUAUUUGGAGCACCCGCCACCAUCGGCUAUUGAUGGCAGUUCAUCAGAUGGUAUUAUCUACUCCAAACCACCACCAGGUGCCUUAAUCUAUGACAGCAAACCUCCUGGACCCAUUUACCCCAUAGGACAAAGUGGUGGGCCUGUUUUUAAUGGCGGUGCAGCAUCUCCUCCUUACAACUUUGAGAACGCCGAGGGAAUUCAAGGAGCCAGUUCCUCUCUAAAUGGUUUUUACUCACAGCAACAGUCCAGUUCCUCAUCUUCGACAGCUACUUCCUCUAGCAACAAAGUUGUGGUUGGAGCUCCAGUUGAUGCAGGUCUUCAGCAGCAUGUUCAUCAUCACUACCAUCAUGUGGAAGGUAAUGAUGGUGGUAUCGGUGCUGUCAAGGUGCCAAGUGUGCCUAUACCAAUUGGCUCUGGUCAGACCAUCAAUACGGAUUUCAGUGCCCUGGCCCAAUCCUCAGCCACGUACACACCUCAGGCUGCCCCGACGUCUGGCUUUACUCAAUCAAAUGCCUUUAACGCUGGAUUUAAUAGUGCCUCCGAGGGUGGACUUUUAUCUCAAAACGGUUUUGGUAGUGGUCUAUCCCAGAAACCUAAUGGUGAUAUCUAUAAGCCCUCAUCUGGCUUAGGUAGCUUUGGUAGUAACUCAGGCUUUAUUCAAAAUGGUCAAAAUGGUCAAAAUGGAUUUGGAGUCUCGCCUAGUAAUAGCUAUCACAGCCAAAAUCCCGAUUACUACAAGAAAGAGCUUCAAAAUGGCGGCGCCUCUGGUAACUACAAUGGCCUUUCCGGCGGUUAUGGUCAGUAUGGACAAGGUGCCUAUGACACUUCUCGGCAGCAGAUUGUCGAUUGCCAAUGUGUUCCGAUCGCACAGUGUCCGGCAGCCGAUCGAAUUGGGCGUAAAGACGACCUUAUUCUGGCCAUUGACCCGCGUAAUUUGGGCAAGGAAAUCGAAGCUUUGAGUGAUGAUUCCACAAACACCACUGUUAAGGCCGAAGCGAAAGCUGAUGAAGGAAAAAAGAAAACAAACGAAGACAAUGAAGAAAAGAAACGAUCCCGCCGUCAAGCCGAGGAAGCCAACAAAGAUGAAGACACCAGUGAUCUGUCUCUAGAUGCUCAAGGGCGUCAAGCUCCAUUGCUGGGCCAAUCUCCUCUAGCCCUGCCAGCUCUUCAAGCCAUAGAGUUAAUUCAACGCAAAGUGCUGCCCACCUACGGUGUUAGCUUUGGUUUGCCAUACCCCACGUCCGGGAGCUAUGGCGGUUAUCCGGCCAAUGUUCUGGGUGAUUAUUACCCAGCACAAAAUCCACAUUUCGGUUCUGUUGGACCAAAUGGCUUAAACUUGGGUCUUGUCAAUGUAAAUCCAUUGGUAUCCGUUCAAGUAGCCAAGACGGAUUACGGUGAAAAGGUGGUCAAGCCACUUGUAAAUUUACAUGUCACCCCCAAUGCGAAUCUCAUACAGAAAGUGGGUGACCUCUUUAAAAGAAAGCCAACUGAGACUUAUAACACACACUAUCAUCACCAUGAUCACUACAAUGCGGGCUAUGAGCAUCAGCAUCAUGAGCAUUACGGCGGCGGACACUUCAAUGUCGAAAUGGUGCCCAGUACACCAAUAUUUGAAUAUCACAGUCCUUCACCGCCGCAUUACCAGCAUCUCCAUGAGAGUUUUCCGUAUCAAAGUUCAUUUAACGACAUAUAUCCAUCGAAUUCGGGUCCAGACUUUGAAUAUGGCUCUGGCAGUUUUGGCAAUUAUGGGGAAUACUCCCAACAUUUGGAACGCAGUGUGAAUGUGUCCGAAACCCAACCGAUCUCGGUAAUACAGCCAAGUCGCCGGGGCAAACAGUUGAACUUGGGUGCUCUACAUAACGUGCCAACUCCGGCGCCAGGUGAUGCAGCUGGCAGCGAUCGCAUUACAUUUCCCCAUGACCGUAGACGAAGGAGCAUUAGUGAGCAUGACGAGGAGGAACGUGCCUACUACGGAAAUCGUCCGGUCGAGAAGACUUGUCGUAUUAACGAGGUCUGCUGCCGACGCCCACUUCGUCCUCAAGCCCUAUCUUCCCAACUUGGACGUUGUGGCGUUAGGAAUGCCGCUGGCAUCACUGGAAGAAUCAAGAACCCCGUUUAUGUCGAUGGAGACAGUGAAUUCGGUGAAUAUCCUUGGCAUGUGGCCAUUUUGAAAAAGGAUCCCAAGGAAUCGAUAUAUGCCUGCGGUGGUACACUAAUUGAUGCUCAGCACAUUAUCUCAGCAGCCCAUUGUAUUAAAUCCCAAAACGGUUUCGAUCUACGCGUGCGCCUGGGAGAAUGGGAUGUUAACCAUGAUGUUGAAUUUUUCCCCUACAUUGAACGUGAUGUGGUCUCAGUUCACAUUCACCCCGAGUACUAUGCUGGCACAUUGGACAACGAUUUAGCCGUCCUCAAGUUGGACCACCCGGUGGACUUUACGAAAAACCCACACAUUAGCCCCGCCUGUCUGCCCGAUAAGUACUCCGAUUUCACCAAUGCCCGUUGCUGGACCACUGGUUGGGGUAAGGACGCUUUCGGAGAGCAUGGCAAAUACCAGAAUAUCUUGAAAGAAGUAGAUGUUCCAAUACUAUCGCAUCACCAGUGCGAAGCCCAGCUAAAGAAUACCCGAUUGGGCUAUAACUAUAAACUAAAUCCAGGAUUCAUUUGUGCUGGCGGUGAGGAAGGCAAGGAUGCCUGCAAGGGAGACGGAGGCGGUCCAUUAGUAUGUGAACGUAACGGUGUUUGGAACGUUGUCGGUGUUGUUUCCUGGGGCAUUGGAUGCGGUCAAGUAAAUGUUCCUGGAGUCUACGUCAAAGUGUCGGCCUACCUUCCUUGGAUUCAACAAAUCACCCAGAGCUAUCAAUGAUUAACGGAGCAAGAGAAGAUAGGUGCUGAAACGGAGGUCACUGCCUAUCAUGCCUCCGUCCAAAAUUCCGACGAGUUUGUUUUUCACUUUUGAAUCAGUCAACCGUCCAAUUUGCUCUGUUAUGUAACUGUAUUGCGUCUGGUCUUUGUUAUUUA